UUCUCCUCAUCACUCACAAAAACGCUUUCAAACUUCAUUAUAAGAAGGCAGUAGCAUCCAUCUCUCUAAAUUUCAUCUUCUCCUCAUCUUUCAGAAAAACAUGGCUAAGAUGUUGAUGGUAGUCCGUGACUGUGAAUCAUUCAGAUGUGAUUUCUCCGAUGUAAUUUUUCCCUACCAUCGCUGGCAGUAGAUCUGCAACAACAAAUUGUUGAAGUGAUUAAUCAAUACGAAGCCGAGCUAAUUCAUAUCGUAUGAAAUAUGAAGGAUACGUAGAUGUUCUUUCAAUUUCAACCACAGAGGGUAACCCAAAUUAGGCUAAAACCACCAUGUUUCUAUUUUUCAGAGAAAAUCCUUAAAUGGGUUUGUAAAACAAUGUUUGAUAAUCAUAGAUCUACAGCUAAAACUUGUUUUCAAUGGAGAAAUUUCGGAUUUUUAUGAAAUCAGAUUGAAAUCAGAUCGGAUCUGAAGAUGGAAGAGAAAGAGAGAAGAAGAAGAAAGAAGAAGAAUACGAUGAACAUAUAAAAUCUCGCGAUAAAAUUUAAUUUCAAUAAUUUAGGGUCCGAGAAUAAUUUUUCCCUAAAAGAUGGAUGCGCGCCUUCAGAUUUCAGGGCGCGGGUUUCGCAGUGAAAAAAAUCUGAAAAAUGGAUCUCCCUGUAAUUUUCACUUCGUAAAUAUCUCUCCCAAUCUAGAAGGAAUGUGUAAAAGCCCAGCGAGAAAGGGAUGCGUUGAAAGAUAUCAAGAAAAAGAAAAGGGCAGUAUAGUGAUUGCGGCAAAAAGGGGAAAAGAGAACAGCUGUAUCCACGGUAGCCCCAGAUGAACGUGACGAGUCGAACAAAGCGAAGAUCUAGAUUAAUAGAGUUGACGGUCGGGAUCCCAUAAAAGUGGGACUUUUGAAAUUUUUAGCAUUUUUAUUUGAGGUCCAAAUUUUCAUUUCUGGUUUCCAUUUUGAAACCACAUACCAAACGUCGAGGGUUGUGUGUGCGGCUGUCAGCUUAGAUCGGAAUAGAGUUUGUUUCUUCUUCACGAUUAAUCUAGGGUUUCUCAGCAAGCAAUAAAAAAUGGCAGAUGCAGAGGAUAUUCAGCCACUCGUGUGCGACAAUGGUACAGGAAUGGUCAAGGCUGGAUUCGCUGGAGAUGAUGCUCCCAGAGCUGUGUUUCCUAGCAUUGUCGGUCGUCCCCGCCACACUGGUGUGAUGGUUGGUAUGGGCCAAAAAGAUGCCUAUGUUGGGGAUGAGGCUCAGUCCAAGAGAGGUAUCUUGACUCUAAAAUACCCUAUUGAGCAUGGUAUUGUGAGUAACUGGGAUGACAUGGAGAAGAUCUGGCAUCACACGUUUUACAAUGAACUUCGUGUGGCUCCAGAAGAGCACCCUGUUCUUCUUACUGAAGCACCUCUUAACCCCAAGGCUAAUCGUGAGAAGAUGACUCAAAUCAUGUUCGAGACUUUUAACACUCCUGCUAUGUAUGUUGCCAUCCAGGCUGUCCUUUCCCUCUACGCCAGUGGUCGAACAACUGGUAUUGUUCUCGACUCUGGUGAUGGUGUCAGCCACACAGUACCCAUCUACGAAGGUUAUGCACUCCCACAUGCCAUCCUUCGUCUUGACCUGGCAGGUCGUGACCUUACUGAUGCGCUGAUGAAAAUCCUGACUGAACGUGGUUACUCAUUCACCACCACUGCUGAACGGGAAAUUGUAAGAGACAUGAAGGAGAAGCUGGCAUACAUUGCUCUUGAUUAUGAACAGGAACUCGAGACUUCCAAGACAAGCUCCUCAGUUGAAAAGAGCUACGAAUUGCCUGAUGGUCAGGUAAUCACCAUUGGGGCUGAGCGUUUCAGAUGUCCAGAGGUCCUCUUCCAGCCUUCCAUGAUUGGUAUGGAAGCUGCUGGUAUUCAUGAGACUACAUACAACUCCAUCAUGAAGUGUGACGUCGAUAUCAGGAAGGAUCUGUACGGAAACAUUGUUCUCAGUGGUGGAUCUACCAUGUUCCCUGGAAUUGCUGAUAGGAUGAGCAAGGAGAUCACAGCUCUUGCACCAAGCAGCAUGAAGAUUAAGGUGGUCGCUCCACCCGAACGAAAAUACAGUGUCUGGAUCGGAGGUUCUAUCUUGGCUUCUCUCAGCACUUUCCAACAGAUGUGGAUCGCAAAGGCAGAAUACGACGAAUCUGGUCCUUCAAUCGUUCACAGGAAAUGUUUCUAAUCAUCAUGCACUGGAAAGGAAGAGCUGCAGAUAAACUGAGUAUUACUGAGUUAUUAUGUCUAGGAAUCAAAAUGCAGUUUGCAUUAUUUUUAUUUUACAUUUUUCGUUUCAUUUUGUUUUUGGGUUGUGUUGGCGAGUGUGUGUACUUUUCCCUCUCUUAUUCGGAUGAUGUAUCUUUUGAAAGGGUCAUGAUGCAGUAAUCUCUGAUAAAAUUCUUAUUCUUUCAUUUGUUUUUCAUUCUAUCUUAGAAGUGGAAUUUAUUGCUGCCGUUCAAGCA